GAAGACACACUCUGACGUAAUCGCGAAGUUGUAUGAGGAAUCCCACGUAGUUUCUAGGCUGAACACGCCCUGCUCCAAUAUUACUGGCUCCAGGACACGGGCUACUGCACUGUGAUUGGCUGUUGUAUCCCUGUAAAACACGCCCUACUGUUUCCAGACGUGAAAAUGAUGACUAACCCUAAAACACCAUAAUUCUAACCUUAGCCCAUCAUAAACCGUAGCCCCAACCCCAGCCCUAAAUCUAAUCAUAACUAACGUUUUUGUUUUUAUUUCGAAUAAAUGUGACACGUUUGGGAUGGGCAUCUCGUGACGUCUCCAUGCCUGCAAUGGGGCGUGUCCUGCCUAGAAACUAAGUGGGAAUUCUAGUGUAACGCCGACGCGAAACAUGGCGACAUUUGAGUUAACAAAACUCAAACAGCGGUGAUUUAAAUUGAGUUUCUCUCUCUGCUUGGACCGAUACCCACUAAAAUGUCGGACUCUCUGGAAAACACAAACCUCCGGGAGCGAAUGGAGCGCCUGCAGAAAUUGGUGGAGUUUAGCGAACACUGUCAGAAGCAGAUACAAGACAUGUACGACGCACUGGGAUGGUCGCCGGACUACGACCCGGAUAAGGAACCAAUGGAGCUGUGCCCCUACGAUCCCAGCCAUCGUGUCCCUGUGCGGAGCAUGGAGAAGCACAAAGCUUCGUGUUACCUCAGAAAGACGGGCUACUCUUCUGAGGAGCAGGCUGAGAUGUGUGACCCUUCUGCGUCUUACAUCAACACCAGCGUCCGCAGCUUUACGAUGGACAAAAACCUUCAGAACCAGGUAAUUCUACAGGCAAGAUCUGCUGCUCCGCUCAUGAAGAUGGAAGGUGUCUUCUGGCAAGGUCAGUAUUCCUACCAUCCCGUUGACGUGCCACAGAACCACAAGCGAGCCGUGUGCGACCUCACCGUGGCCGACCGGUUGGCGCUGUACGACCACGUGAUCGCUGUCCUCAACCAGGAGAAGGCCAACGCUGCUACAUCGGGCAACGACGAACUAUACAUAGACCUGGUGUCCCAGCUGAAGAAGGCUGAACAACAGAAUGAGCCAAAGACCCAUUUGGAGCUGAUGGCGGAGAUGCGGGACUACAAGAGGCGGCGACAGUCGUACCGCGCUAAGAACGUCCACAUCACCAAGAAGUCCUACACGGAGGUUAUCAGAGAAGUCAUCCAGGUCCACUCGGAAGAGCUCGGCAGACAGUGGAAGGAGGAGCACGAAGAGGACAUCAAUGAGGAGGAGGCCAGAGAAGGAACAUCCCAAAGGUCGAAUGAGCGUCGGUCCUUAUCCUCGGAGUCCCGCCGAUUGCGUAGCAGACGCCGCCGCAGCCGCGAGAAGAGCCGCGACAAAGAAAGCAAGAAGAACAAAAGGAAGAGAGAUUCCCGCUCCCCGGAGGGAAGACACCGAGACAGCAAGAAGAAAAAGAAAAGGAAAGUGGAGCGAGGGAGGAGUGACAGUUCCUGAAAGAGAAAUCUUGGCAAUAAAGUUUUACAAAAGCAAAAUGGCCCCUUUUCAACUGGAAUUUUAAAAUUGUUUCUUUUUUUUUUUUAUGUUGGACAUUUGAAAUGUUUAAGGACAUGUAUAAAUGUCAAAUAAAUGUGUGUAAAUCAUUUCUUUAAUCUACAGUUGAUGAAUAAUAUAAACAUCUUUUUUUAUAAUGCCCAUUAAAUAAGUAAACGUCCGUGCCAUUUUUUAUGUCGUCCAAUCAGAAAAGAGACUUUUUGUCAGGUAGACCUUAACUUGGUAUGCAAAUAAACGAAUGAUUAUCUCCCUGAUUU